AUGUGGCUAGACUCCACGAAAGCCUUUGAUUCUGUUCCCCGCUCAUGGAUGCUACAAACCCUUCAACUUGCUAAAGUUCCAGUGAGAAUAAUCAAAGCCAUACAGUAUCGCAGAGGCAUAUCCCAAGAAGACAGCCUCUCUGUGAUGUUGUUUAUACUUUCCGUAAACUCCUUGUCAUUCAUAUUAAGGAAGUUUGAACGAUAUCUCACUGGUUCACAAGGAAACAGAAAUACCAAAAUCAUAUACUGUUUCUAUGUGGAUGACUUAAAACUUUGUACAAAAAAUAUGCAUGAAAUGAAAAAGAGCUUUGACCUAGUUAAAACAUUCUCAAAGGAUGUACUAUUGGAGUUUGGUCUGUAUAAAUAUUAUAUGAUUGUGAACACAGGGAGAACUAUAAACCAGACUAGUAACAUCUCCAUUAAUGAUUUGACUGCCUUCCCUGGAUCUGACGAGGAAUGUUACAGGUAUCUAGGGGUGGCUGAAAAUGUAUCUUAUAGUUUCACCUGUAACAAAACACGUGUCUCUAAAGAAUUUUACAGCGGAAUAAAGAAAAUGUGGUCCUCAGAACUCUCUACAUUCAAUAAAACAGUAGCCCACAAUGUCUUCAUAGUGCCAGUACUCAUACCAAAAUUUGGGCUGCUUGAUUCGAUACUUGAUGAGAUCCUUCAGCUGCCUUCCAGGUCUUUGUCUGAUAACCCAGAAUACAUGCCCAAAGAAGUAUCACGACUCUACCGUAACGUAUCAUCAGAUGAAAGGAUAAGCCUAUAUGAGCAGAAUUCUCUACAUGGAUACCGAAUAUCAAGCAAGUACCUGAUGCACAAAAGGGAUAGUGAUGCAGCAUGA